AAAAGCUACUAGAACACGUGCUGCAAAAUUUCCAAAAUGAGUAAGAAACAAACAAAAGCAGACACUCAGGCUCCACAGUCCUUAUGUGGUUAUAUACAUGCAGUGACUCCUGUCACAAUGUCCAGACGAAAUUUCAAAUACUUCAAUGCAACCUUCCAAACACAAAGAGAUGUGUUUCACCACACAGUCAUUUUUGCAGCAGAACAACAUAUCAUGUGGUCCACCACAGCAAAAAAUGGCACGGCAGUCAAGCUGACAAACACAACAAACAAACCAGACCCCAACAGCAAAAGCUUUUCCAUUCACCGUGAUAGAAACACCGUAAUGGAAGUUAUAGAUGUGAACUUUCCGCAUAAUCCUCCAAUCGAAACACAGCUGAUGUAUGUUGAAGACAUCAAAUUGUUGGGUCCAAAGCAACAUGUGACCAAACUUCAGCCAACUGUGGUGAAGGUAAACCCACCAACAGUCAAUGCCUGGGACACAGCAUGUGAAAUAAAAGAAUGCUUCCUAAGAGACAAAAUGGGUCAGAUUAUGCUUACCUUAUGGGACAAACUAGUGACUCAGGUAGAACUGAACAACACGUAUGAGUUUGAAAAUAUGCAAACUAGAGCCUUCAGGGGUAUCCCAACAUUAACGUCUUCAAGGAGCACUAUCAUCAAACCAAUUCAGCGUGACCAAUCAGCAGGCAACUGUGGUGAAGGUAAACCCACCAACAGUCAAUGCCUGGGACACAGCAUGUGA